GUAUGUAAAAUGCAUCACAGCCACAGUUACUCUUUAACAUAAGUGCAACAUUGGCGAGGGAGUGCACGGUGCUGGAUUGUAAUGUGCAUUUUCCCCGCAGCUUUAACGAAGCUCAAGAGUCAGCGCUGUUCACGUCAGCUAACGCUGCAGCAAAGCUAAUGGAUCGUGAAGCUAAGGAACCUGAGCAGCUCAGAAAGCUAUUUAUUGGAGGUCUGAGCUUUGAAACCACGGAGGAGAGUUUACGGGCCCAUUUUGAACAAUGGGGAACCCUCACGGACUGUGUGGUGAUGAGGGACCCCAACAGCAAGCGCUCAAGAGGGUUUGGCUUUGUAACGUACUCCUCUGUAAGGGAAGUCGAUGAUGCCAUGAAGGCAAGGCCUCAUAAAGUAGAUGGCCGAGUUGUUGAACCCAAGAGGGCCGUGUCCAGAGAGGACUCCAAUAAACCAGGUGCCCAUCUGACAGUGAAGAAGAUCUUUGUUGGUGGAAUCAAGGAAGACACCGAGGAGUACCACAUCAGGGAACAUUUUGAGAAAUAUGGAAAGAUUGAAUGCAUUGAUAUCAUGGAGGAACGCUCCACUGGGAAGAAGAGAGGAUUCUGCUUUGUCUCCUUCGAUGACCAUGACACUGUAGACAAAAUUGUUGCCCAAAAAUUCCACACAAUCAACUUCCAUAAUUGUGAGGUCAGGAAAGCUCUCUCAAAACAGGAAAUGAGUGCCAUAUCCAGUAACAGGGGUAGGAGUGGAGGAUCUGGAAACUUCAUGGGCAGAGGUAGUAAUUUUGGAGGUGGAGGCAACUUUGGCCGAGGUGGCUAUGGCGGAGGAAGAGGUGGUUAUGGGGAUGAUUUUGACAAUGGUCCCGGAGGAAAUUACGGUGGAGGACCAGGUUAUGGAGGAGGCCGAGGGGGCUACGGAGGUGGUGGUCCGGGGUACGGCAACCAGGGAGGUGGAUUUGGUGGCAGCUGCGAUGGAGGUUACGGAGGUAAUGACGGAGGUUAUGGAGGGGGUGGAAAUUACAAUGACUUCGGAAGUUAUGGUGGACAGCAGUCAAACUACGGGCCCAUGAAGGGAAACAACUUUGGUGGCAGAAACUCGGGUGGACCCUAUGGCGGUGGCUAUGGUUCUGGUGGCGGCGGCGGAGGUGGCUACGGCUCGCGGCGAUAUUAAUUAUUUCAUGUUUUGGCUUCAGUUCUUAGCAGGAGAGGCGAGGAGGUGAGCAAAGGAAUUGUCAGGAAAGCUGCAGGUUACUUUGAGGCAGUCAUCUGAAAGCAUUAGAGGAACACACAAGUCAGACAUUACUGCAGCAAGAAGGACUGUAUACACAAGACAUGAGUGCAGAUGAUACCCUUUCCUAAUUGUGAUAGAUGUUUCCCUACUAAGAAAAUUUUCCUUUUGUGCGUCUGAAGUGUGUGUGUAUUGUGCCUAUGGUAUCAGGGGUAAAGAGUAAAUUGUUUUUUUAUCUGAAGUCAGUUCUUAAUAUCUUUUAUUUUUAUUUUUUUAUAUGGGUUAGUUUUCUCCUGGUCUAUUAAUCUUAUGUCUUUUAACCUGGUUUUUGUCAAAUAGCAUAGUUGUAUCAGGCCCUCAGAUGAGCUAGAAUUACACUGUUUUUCUUUCUGAAGUUAUUAUGAUUGCUCAAUUGCAAGUGUCAAGUGUAUUUUGAUUUUUUGUAUGUGAAGCACAGUAUGUAAAUCGUUCGUAGUACCAGUGUCAACAAAUAUAAGCAGUCUGGACUAGAAUUAAGGGAAUCCCUCACUCUUCUUGUUCCCAGUAAACCGAAUUCUAGAUUGUUCAAAUAUUUUGAUUAGUAGAAAAAGACCGAAUAAAAUUGUGUAGUAAAGUAACAUGAGGUUCAGUGCGUCAUUGGUUCAGAAAAAGAUUUAAUGAGUUGUUAAAUCUGUCGCCUGCUCAUUGUGACUAUGAAGCUUAGCAAAUUAGCCUGUCCAGAACUUUCUCCUCCUUUGGGGAGUAUUAUUUAAGACUUACGUGGGUGAAUAUAGUGUGUGUAUGUAUACUGUAUUUAUUUACUUGUAUCAGUGUCAAUGACAAGGGAGUUUCGGGUAGUCCUAGGGCAAGGGCCCAUACACCACAUAUGCCAGUGUUGAGCGGGUAGGAUUAUAUGCCACAAGCACCUGCAGUUGGGCCCUCAGCAUCGCUAGUGUGGAAGAUUGCAGAUGACUGUCAGACAGGACGUCUUCAGCCCCAGCACAGUGGACCAGUCAGCAUUUUGAGAGAGAAGGGAGAAGGCAGCAUCGAGCACAACGCCCAUGGAGGAAGCUUGCAGUGUCGUGCCUGGUAGUGAGCAUCUAUUUCUCUUUCAAGGCUAGCUAAACCCUCCAGCAGCUGGUGCUAGCGAAGAAAGACUAGUUCCUGGACACAUUGGAGAUCCCGUUGAGUCAGAGAUACUUCAGUUUUACCCGCAAAUGCUAGAUUUCAGACAUUAACAAGAAAAGGGAGUGAGUAUUUCACAAAAGCUGACUUAAGAAGAUGGAGCAGGUAAGAGUAACCACUUUGCUUGAUUUACAGAUGUGGAAAGAGGCAUUCUCUUCUUGCUGAAAAACUGUAAAGACCUGAUAACAUGGAAGGUUCUGGAUGGGUAAGACUUUUUCAAAAUAUUAUCCAAGGCUGCUCAUAUUGUAAUCUAACAGUAUAUAUGGUGAUUAUACAAGUUGGAAGGGUCUUUUAAGGUAAACCGAGCAGGAUGACAUCCAGUAUUGUUUCACUUUGACCAUAAUCAGCCUGUGACUUUCACCACACUGCUUGGUAUACCUUGAAGGCAAAAUAUGUUGUAUUGUUUUAUUGUCCUUUUACUCUCAGCAAGUUCUGAUUAAGUCGGUAGUGAUGAAACCCUCCUCAACAAAACAAGAUUACCAUACUUCUCGAAAAAUAAUAGGGCAGCAACACUGUUAUUUUCAUUAUCAAUUAAGCAGUUCAUUAUUUUCUUGAUUUAUUGUUUGGCUUAUAAAAUGUUAAAAAUAGUGGAGAUUACUGAUCACAAUAUCAAAGAGCACAAGAUGAUAUCUUCAAAUGUUUUAUUUUGUUAGACCAACAAUCCAAAAGACAAAGAUGUUCAAUUUAUUACAAGUAAGAUCAAGAAAAGUAAAUGGCUUUUUUUGCUUGAAAUGUAAUGUAAAGGAUCAAUCAGUUAUCAGAGCAGUUGCCUAUCAUUUUUUCUUUUGAUCGAUUAACUGAUAAAUCGUUGGAGAAGCACUUUUUACUCCGAGAACUUUUUAUCAUUGCUAAGAUGUCUGCCUAUAGUAAUAUAAUGCAAACUAGUGUUUCAGUCAUGAAAGGGCUGUUAAUCAGCGCUCUGAUGAGCCACCUUUUAAGGCGACAGGGAAAAGACUAAAAGAGCUCCAAAAAGGUCAGAUCCUCUACCCAUAUCACAGGAGCAUCCUCAAAACUAACUAAAUUAAUAAUUAAAUCAUUCAGCGUGUCAGGGAGUUAACAUAGACAAACUGCAUUAACUGAGAGCAACUGUGGUCCCAAGUUUAAACUGCUGGUAACAAACAGGAACAUGGGAGACUAAACAUAUAUUCACAACUAGUAAUUGGCAUGCUGUGCCAGGAAGUGGUAGCUUGGAUGAUUUUUACUUUGACACAUUUGACACAUUUGGUCCACCCACUUGAGAGUUCCUUUAAAAAAACAGAAACCCCAGAUCUGCUGCUACUGUACGUGUAGCUUUUAACUAGAAGAAGUAUUUGAGGAUGGAGAAAUAAUUUCAACAAAUGUCUUUAAACGAUCUAAAUUUGGAUUUUUGGAUCUUUAUAACUUUCAAGAUUUAUGCACAUCAAAACUAUUUUCAAACUUUAUCGAAGUGAGGAUGUCUAUGUCAGACGUGUUACUGCUCAGUGGUAGAAGUAAAACCCACAAAAUGACCUGCUUUAAACUUAGAUUUUAAGCAGUUUGUGUUUGAAAGAAUGAAUACAUGCACUUUUUAGGAUUUCAGGCAGGUCAUGUUUACUCAGUCUGAAAGGGAAAAUACAGUGCCUGCUAAUAUGUUUCCAAAUCAGUUCCAGGAUAGUAUUUCUACUGAGGAAUGUAGAAUGACGACUUCAUUACACAGAACAAAGCUGUACUUGGCAAAAGCACACUAGAGUCAAUGAACCAUGUUGGUUUAUGUGUAAGAUUAUUUAAAUGUAAAAUGUGACUUGUGUUCUUAAAUAAAAC